AUGUUACAAAAGGCAGCCUUAUUGACUCAAGAAGAAUAUUUCAAAAAUUUAAGAAAACAGUUACUUAAUCAUAAUCAAGUUACACCAAGUUCUCUCGCUCAACUAACGCCGUUUGUUGACGCGACUGGUCUAAUUCGUGUCUGCGGCCGCCUCCGCUACGCGUCAUUAGGUCCAGAUGCAAAACAUCCUAUACUGUUACCUCAAAAUUCGCAUUUUACACGUUUAAUGAUUCAAAACUAUCACAAUGGAUAUUUACAUGCUGGACCAAAGUUGAUUUUGUCAAUGAUAAGGAGAAAGUUUUGGGUUAUUUUUGGUCGUGAUGCCGUACUGCAGUUUAUUUUUACGUGUACAAUUUGUGUAAGACAUAAGGCCACUCACCCACACCCAAUGAUGGGAGAUCUGCCAAUUUCUCGAGUUUGUUCACAACGUGCCUUUCAAGACGUCGGGAUGGAUUAUGGAGGCCCCUAUUUGGUAAAGGAACGACGUCAUCGCAACACUAAAACCACCAAAGUAUACAUAGCGCUUUUUAUUUGCAUGGCCGUAAAGGCACUACACAUUGAAAUCGUUUCAGAUUUAACUUUGGACGCUUUUCAUGCUGCCCUUGACCGGUUUGUAGCGCGUCGAGGAAUUCCGUUAAACUUAUAUAGCGAUUGUGGUAGUAACUAUAUUGGAGCGUCGCGUCAAUUAAAAUCUCUAUUUGCGAAUGAGGCCGUACAAAACGCAAUGAUUGCACGAAUUCCAUGUAAUUGGCACUUCAAUCCUCCCGCCGCCCCUCAUAUGGGUGGAAUAUGGGAGGCUGGCAUUAAAAGUGUAAAACACCAUUUAAAACGAGUUAUCGGACUUCAAGUAAUAACCUAUGAAGAAAUGGAAACGUUAGUAAUUCGUAUCGAAGGUAUACUCAAUUCUCGUCCUCUGACACCCGCUUCAGCAGAUCCUCAUGAUCUACUCGUAUUAACCCCCGGCCAUUUUUUAAUAGAACAACCUAUUCUGUCUUUACCCGAAACUGACGUUACUGCUGUACCUAUGAACCGAUUAACACGCUGGCAACUGAUUCGUCAUAUUCACCAAUCGUUUUGGAAACGUUGGUCAAGUGAGUAUUUAACGACACUUCAAGGCCGACUUAAAUGGACAACAAAAGAAGAAAAUAUAAAAAUUGGAGAUCUUGUCAUUGUUGAAGCUCCAAAUCGUCCACCGGCCGAAUGGAAAAUGGACCGUAUUAUAGCAGUCCAUCCAGGUUUAGAUCGUAGUACGCGUGGCUACCGUACAUACUACAGGCGGUAA